GUUUAUUUGACAUCUCUUGUCAAAAUUCACUUUCCUUCAUGUUGGUGUACAAAUUGGUGUAAAAAUGCCUGUCCCGGCUAAAAUCCAGUGUCAUGAACGUUUUUCAUAUAUUUGUGAUUUUUCUAAUGAUAAGAGUGAUAAGGAGUCAAACGAUGACAUGUAAAAGUCCGAUUUUUUGUCAAGGGGACUUGUUGCGUGUCGUCCAAAUGGCCGGAAUCUUCAAAGACUCGAAAACGUUCGUCGACAUGAGUUUGGUCAAAACUAUUGAAAAAACCCUCAAAAAUUUCGACAAAAUGAUGACCAGAACGGGAGGAAGUCCAAAUAAAAACGACGUUGUUGAAUUCAUCCAGAAGAACUUCCAAGCGUCCCAUAAUGAACUCGAUACAUGGUUCCCCACCGACUACCAAGUGAACCCUCCUUUCUUGCGCCAAAUCAAAGAUGUGAGGAUACGGGCGAUUGCGAAACGUUUGUUGGAUAUUUGGCCCAGUUUGGGACGCAAAAUCAAACCCGAGGUGAUGCAAAACCCCUUCAAAUACUCCAUAAUCCCGGUACCGAACGGGUUUAUAGUACCUGGAGGCCGGUUCCGGGAAAUCUACUACUGGGACUCGUACUGGAUCAUGAAGGGUUUACUAAUCUGCGACAUGAAACACACAGUGAAAGGGAUGAUUGAUAAUUUUUUCCGGAUUAUUGAGACUUAUGGGUUUAUCCCAAACGGUGGGAGGAUAUACUACUUGGACAGGUCACAACCCCCGCUUUUGACCCUUAUGGUAGCCGACUUCAUGGAUGUGUCCAAGGAGGUGCUUUGGUUGAGGGGAAAUAUGAAAUAUCUAGAAAAAGAAUUAACGUUUUGGUUGAAUAUGAAGACCGUUCAGAUUGAAAAACGCGGUCAGAAGUACCGCUUGGCUCGGUACCGCUCCAGUGACAACACCCCACGUCCCGAGUCCUACAUCGAAGACAUCCACACCGCCUCCAGGUACCGAACCGAAGACGAGAAGCGCCAAUGCUACCAAAAUAUCCGGACCGGAGCUGAGACCGGUUGGGACUUCUCGGGUCGUUGGUUCUUCGACCACCAAGGGGGCAAUCGGGCCGAUUUAAGCACAAUCAACCCCAGUAGAAUCAUCCCUGUGGACCUCAACGCCUUUCUGUGUCGCUGCUUCAAGAUCAUGCACGAGUUCUACAAGAAGUUUCGCAACCACGACCGCGCUUCCUUCUGGCUCCAGAAGUACAACGAGUGGAUGAAAGCCAUCAACGAUGUGCUCUACAACGCGGAAGAUGGUAUUUGGUACGAUUACGAUAUCGAGCUCAAAGUCCAAAGAAAACAUUUCUAUCCCAGCAACUUUGCUCCACUCUGGACUGAGUGUUACGAUACCAGUCAGCGGCAAAGUUACGGCAAAAACGCAACCAAUUAUCUGACCCAAAAAGGGAUUCAUAACUAUGAAGGGGGGAUUCCCACGUCGCUGUAUGAAACUGGCGAACAAUGGGACAUGCCCAAUGCCUGGGCCCCCACGCAAGCGAUUGUCAUUUUUGGACUUGACAAGACACAGGAUCCUAGGGCUAAGAAAGUGGCCCAAGAUUUGGCUUACAGGUGGAUUGACUCGUUGGUGAAGGUGGAGGAGGAGACGCACGAGAUGUUCGAAAAGUACAACGCGAUGUUCAAGGGGAUGUACGGGGGCGGGGGCGAGUACGAGGUGCAAACGGGGUUUGGGUGGACCAAUGGGGUCAUGUUGGAGCUCAUUGAGCACUAUUAUAUUAAGAACAAAGGGGGGAACAUAACGGAGACGUAAUAAAUUUGGAUUUAGUUA